UAGAAGGAAAUGUAUUAUUAGGGGGAAGGGUUGCAACAAUUAUUUUCACUUUGCAAAGCUUCGGAAUACUUCCCUACAUUUCGUAUAUAGGCCGUUAUCAGAUUGAUCAAAAGUGAACGUAAAAAUAUCAAGAUGAAAGGACCAAUGUACGCUUUGCUUGUCUUGGGUCUUGUAGGCCUUACGUCAUCUGUACGGUGUUAUGAAUGUGAGUACACGUCCACUAAUGGUUUAAGCAACUCGUGUGAAGCUCCUGAUGCGACUACACCGAAGGCGUCAUGCGAGGGCGAGUGCCGGAAAGUAUACACUGAAGGUGGCGGAAUCGUGAGCAUCACCCGUUCGUGUGAAGCGCCGUUUUGCUUCGACCACAAAUGUCUUGAAAAGGACGGCGCCCGAAUCUGCACCACAUGCUGCAUCCGUGAUCUGUGCAACAGCGCAUGCUCAGUGACCUUUAACCUCGUUGCUAUGUUCGGCCUGAUCGCCACUGCAUGGGGCCUGUCCAAAUAAAAUGGCUACCGUAACAACGGACGUCACCAUAAAGAGUUGGGGAAACUUUAAAGCCAGUGGACACUAUUGGUAAUUGUCAAAGACUAGCCUUCACAGUUGGUGUAUCUCAACAAAUGCAUAAA